AUCCUUCCUUGCAGUGUGGCUGCGCCUGCACUGCAAGCCUUAAAGUGUUACUAAACCCAGGACCCUGCAUUCACUAUAUCUGGUCUCCCAUGGACCCUGCAUUCACUCUAUCUGGUUUCCCACAGUACACACAACAUGGAAUUGCAAUUCAUUUAGUAAGGUUAGGUUCCACAGACCCUGCAUCCACUAUAUCUGGUCUCCCACAGUACACAGAACAUGGAAAUGCAAUUAAUUUAGUAUCAUCAGCAGUAUAUAGCAGACUUGUGACUUCUAUCAGUAUUCAGCAAAGCACUAGCUAA